AUGCGCGCGACAGCUUCUCUUCCCAGUCUCUUGACGACGGCCCUUUUGGCUAGCCGCGCCGUUGGCUGGCAGAUUCCCAUCCCCCAAUUUGCUGUAGACGACGAAGAUGACGACACGCCUCUCCCCGUCGUCAUCUGGCACGGCCUCGGCGACACAUCCAAGUCUGAUGGAAUCCAAGCAGUGGGCGCGCUAGCAGACGAGAUUCACCCAGGCACCUUUGUCCACGCCAUCAGUCUCAGCGAGGAUCCUAACUCGGAUCGUUCUGCCACCUUCUUUGGCAACGUCACCGAACAAAUAGAGGCCGUGUGUGCUGAGCUCGCCGCACAUCCGAUUCUGUCCACGGCCCCCGCCAUCGAUGCCAUUGGAUUCUCGCAAGGCGGCCAAUUCCUGCGCGGCUACGUCGAGCGAUGCAACAACCCUCCCAUCCGAAGCUUGAUCACCUUUGGCAGCCAACACGCCGGCAUCAACGAGUUCCGCACCUGCGGCAACGCCGACCUGCUCUGCAAGGGCGCCAUGGCCCUGCUAAGGUUCAACACCUGGAGCAAGUUUGUCCAGAGCCGCCUGGUCCCCGCGCAAUACUACCGCGAUUUGACAGACUACGACUCGUAUCUCGAAAACUCAAACUUCCUGGCCGACAUCAACAACGAGCGGGAGCUGAAGAACGAGCAGUACAAGAAGAAUAUCGCCAGCCUGACAAACUUUGUCAUGUACAUGUUUGAGGACGACGCAACCGCCAUUCCCAAGCAGACUGCCUGGUUCGCCGAAGUCAACGGCACCGAGCUUACGCCCCUGCGAAAGCAGACCCAGUACAAGGAGGAUUGGAUUGGCCUGCGCCAGCUGGACGAGAAGGGCGGCCUCCGAUUCCGAUCCAUUACGGGCGAGCACAUGCAAAUCACUGAAGAGGUCUUGAAGGAGGUUAUGACUGAAUUCUUUGGUCCCAUGGACAGAACAUUCCCCCCCGAGAAGGAUGCCGAACAGGACUUGAGCCAGGGGGAGCUGUGA